AUCUAUCUAUAUCUUUGAAAAAAAAACAGAAGAAAAAAAAAUGGAGGAAGAGAGAGAUCGAUCGAUCGAUCAGAAUUUGAGUGAAAAAAAUGGCACAGAGAGCCGAGAAGGAAGAGACAGAGUUCAAGGUCCCCGAAACUCUAACGCACUACGUCAACAACUGUGGCGUCACCGAUAAUCCCUCCACCAACAACUUGUGCCAGAAGUGCUUCAACACCGCCACCACCUCAUCGUCGUUUUCGUCCGCGGCGAUUUUCAAGCUUUCUGCGGAGAAAAGUCCGAUAUCUACCUCAUCCUUCAGCUUCGAGGCCCUAGCCGAGACCUUUCGGAAGACGACGGCGUCGGAGAUCGCGAGAUCGGACGAAUCGCUGAAUAGGCGCGUGGUCAAUCGGUGCUCCGAAUGCCGGAGAAAGGUCGGGUUGACCGGAUUUCGGUUUCAUCUCGCGAUAUUAUCGAUAUUAUCAAUAAUAUCGCGAUAUAUUUCCCAAAUAAUGUAUUAAAAUGCUGAAAAUAUCGUUUCCAAUAUUAUCGCGAUAAUAUCGACGAAAAUAUCAAUAUAUGAUAAUUAAGUGGAUACGUGUGAAAAUAUCGUUCUCUAAAAAAAACGAUAUUAUCAGCGAAAUAUCGCCAAUAAUAUCGAUAUUUUGGUCAUUGGUCGAAAGUAAGUAAUUCUAUUUGUUCUAAAUAGUUGAACAUGUUGGUUAACCUUUACGUUACUUGUGAUAAGAAGUUUGGUAAAUAUAAAUACAAAGCACUUGACGCUAAAAGUAUUUGACAUA